CCUUUGGAGUUUGAUAUGAUGUGAUUACAGAAUCACCCCAGUGACACGUUGCCAAAUUCAGCAGAAUGAGGGUCUGAGUCUUCCGGGUGGUGAUCUCUGAAAUUGCUCAGUGAGCACCCCUAAUUUUGCUGAUUUAUUGCUGAUAAUCACUCACAAUGGAAACCAAUCAAAAAUGUGGGGAUGGACUGACUGGCAUGCAGAAAGAGGCUGCGCUACGCACUCUGAUCCAGCGCACAGGAUUUCACAUACACCAGGAAAAUGGCCAGAGGAGAUAUGGUGGUCCACCUCCUGGCUGGGAAGGCCCGCCUCCAGAGAGAGGAAGUGAGAUUUUUGUGGGAAAGCUUCCUCGAGACCUCUUUGAGGAUGAACUGGUACCACUCUGUGAAAAAUUCGGCAACAUUUACGAAGUACGGAUGAUGAUGGACUUCAAUGGCAACAAUCGAGGCUAUGCAUUUGUUACCUUUUCCACAAAACAAGAGGCUAAGAAUGCCAUGAAACAGCUCAACAAUUACGAAAUCCGGAAUGGAAGACUUCUGGGUGUGUGUGCAAGUGUAGACAACUGUCGUCUAUUUGUGGGCGGCAUUCCAAAGACCAAAAAGAGAGAGGAAAUCCUGGCAGAGAUGAAGAAGGUGACGGAUGGUGUCAUGGAUGUCAUUGUUUAUCCAAGCGCUGCUGACAAGACCAAGAACCGAGGAUUUGCAUUCGUGGAGUAUGAAAGCCAUAGAGCAGCCGCCAUGGCCAGGAGGAAACUGCUGCCAGGGAGAAUUCAACUGUGGGGUCAUCCUAUCGCAGUCGAUUGGGCUGAACCUGAGGUAGAAGUAGACGAGGACACCAUGGCCACAGUGAAGAUCCUCUAUGUUCGUAAUCUGAUGUUGCCUACUACAGAGGAGACCAUUGAGAAAGAGUUUAACAGCAUCAAACCUGGUGCUGUUGAAAGGGUGAAGAAGAUCAGAGAUUAUGCCUUUGUACAUUUCUCUCAAAGAGAGGAUGCCAUCAAUGCCAUGGAUGCACUGAAUGGAAAGGUCAUUGACGGGUCUCCCAUUGAGGUCACGCUAGCCAAACCAGUGGAUAAGGACAGCUAUGUACGGUACACACGAGGCACGGGGGGUCGUGGCGGUGCCCUGCUCCAGGGAGACUACGCAUACACCGUGGGCCAAAUGUACGACCCCUCAGCUGCCUACCUAGGAGCACCAAUAUUCUACGCCCCCCCUGCGUACACAACUAUCCCUAAUCAAUUCCGCUUCCCCAGUACCAAAGGGCACAUAAGUACCAGGGGUCUGGUACGCUCACCCUCUGUGAGAGAAAUUUACAUGAAUGUACCUGUAGGGGCAGCGGGCGUACGUGGUUUGGGUGGGCGAGGAUACCUUGCCUAUGCAGGCGUGGGUCGUGGCUGCGCCACAUACCAACUCAAGACAGACAAACGCCCUGACGAAAAACUCUAUGACCUUCUUCCUGGCAUGGAGCUCACGCCCAUGAACCCAGUCACUCUGAAGCCCCAAGGCAUCAAACACGCCCCACAGAUCUUGGAGGAUAUUUGCCAAAAGAAUAACUGGGGGCAACCUGUUUACCAGCUUCACUCUGCUAUUGGACCAGAUCAGAGGCAACUGUUCCUUUACAAAGUCACCAUCCCUGCUCUGGCUACUCAAUAUCCAAAUAUACACCCGUUCACCCCCGCCAAGCUCUGUGCAUCGAUGGAUGAGGCGAAGCUGCAUGCGGCCGAACACACUCUGCAGAUUCUUGGUGUUCAGACAGAGGGCGCUGACGCCUCCGCUGCUGCAUUCCCAGGUUAUACAAUUGCCAGCACCAGUGCUACCCAGCUGAAACAGGCUGUUUCUCUGGGUCAGGACCUGACUGCCUAUGCAACCUACGAGGGUUACCCGGCCUUUGCUGUGGCAGCCCGCGGGGAUGGAUAUGGAGUGUUUUGAUAUCCCUGACUAACAAUCUCUGACAUUUUAUGUUCUAUUUGUUCUUUUGUUUUUAUUUUAAUAGUUUUUUGUUCAGAGUUAUAACUUUAUUUCUUCCCAAGUGUUUUAUGAGCAUUUUUGCGAUAUUGAAGAAUACGAGUCAGAUUUUGACUUUACUCAGGAAGUGGGCGACCUGAAGGCUGUCCACAACUCAACCCCAAACCUUUAAAGAAAAAAUCUUUUUUUUUUAUGAUUUAUUGCUGUUUGUCAAGGCAUAAAUCUUCUUGAUUGAAACAUUACUAGUGUCAUAAUUUGGGAUCAUCCAGAUAGGUGACCCAAUCACAUUUGAACUGAUUGUUACUAGCUUCUAAAUGAUCUAAAUUACAGAAAUUUAGGCUGGACCAAGCAUCAAUGUGAUACAAAUUCAAUGCUGCCUUUAACACCGAAUCAUUAAAAUUGAAUAUAUGUAAUAUUUUGAAACACUCUGUAAAACCCUAUUGCGCUAAUGACUUUUAUCCAGACAUUUACUUUAGUAAUCUUUGGUAUUAAGUUGUAUUUAAAGUUGUAGUUUUUGUGUUGGUUUUCUUUCAGUAUUUACAUUAACACCCAAGUACAGAGUUUUAACAGAUCAUGCUUUCAUAUGCCUUGGUAUGUAUCUGCAUGUUUUAGGAUUAUUUUCAGAGAUGUUUGACAGUUUGUGGCUGGUUCUUUAGUUUUGCUAUAUUUUAUAAGAUAUUUACACGCUUGCUACUAAUAUUUCCCUCUUCAUUCUUUUUAUAAGUGGGGAAUAUGAGAACACUGUUUAAAUACACAGUUUUGUUAAAUAUAAAACAUGCCUUAAAGGUGACAGUAUUAAAGUUUGUGUGGCACUUAGAACGUAUUUUUAUACCUGAAUUCCAACUCUGUUUAUAUGAACUUUGUUUUUCGAUCAUGGACUGUUUGAAAUAAUUUAUUGUUUCGAUGAUUGGCAUCGGAACUGGUGGGAGAAUUGGAUGAGCAUCGUCAGGGAAAAAAAUAAACAGAGCUUCAUAGUGCUACAGAGUAAGGUAGUUGUGAAAAUAGAAUUACAGUAAAGCAACUAAUCAUCAAUAAACCAAAUUAUCUUCUACAGACA